CUUUACUGAGCUUCUUAUGACCCUGAUUUUCAGGUGGCUCGACAUUUACAAUAAAAAUCGAGAACUAGUCAUCAAGAUUCUGAAAAUUGGUGAUCAUACUUUAGGUAAAAAUGCCAUUCUUUUUACGUGACCAACAUUUUACGUAUGUUUCCCCUAAAAAGAUAUUGGUGAUACAGAUUGAUAGACAUUAUACCAGCAGCGUAUACUGAGAUAUUUAAAGUUAGGCUAGGUGUGGAGAGGGGGGGUGCAUUUGAAAAAUUAAGACUUGUAAAAUGCCAUUUCCUGCACUUACUGGUGCAGAAUUGAAGGAUUUUGAAUGCAAAAUGCCAGAAACAAUUUGCUUCAUAAUCGUCAGGGACCGGUUGUAUAACUCUCUCCUCCGCAGAGGCUUACAUGAAGUUUCUAGUGAGGGAAAAGUGAGCACGCAAGGAGUGGUGGGAAGAGCGAAAUAAAGGAAGCCUCUGCUAGUUAACGCAAUCAAUAUGGCGUCGUAUAUAAUCGGUUCGAUAUCAACCUUCGAGGGUGUUAAAGCAUGUUUUCCACUUUCCUUUUCAGGCGUACUUGAGUCUCUUGGAGUGAAUCCAAUAUCAAUAUCGAUAUCUUCUGUUCAUUUGCACCGAAAAAUAUUGAGAAAUUGCAAAUGAAUGUAAAUGGAUACGAGCUAUCUAUUUAAUUAUAAAUAUCCUCUAAAUUGCAACAUUUCUUUAUAAAAAUGACUCUACGGAACUUCGAUGCUCAGAUUAUGAAAAUUUAUUUCAAUUUCUUCCACAUUUCCGUUGAUUUGAAGUUUAGAUUAUAUUAGAUUAGAGGGACGUAUCAGCUCAAUGUUUAGACGAAUAGGUGAAUAUCUCAUUUGAUAUUCACCGGAUGUGACGCAGGCUGAAAGUAGUGGCACCGAUUGUAACUGGUGACCCUGGCGAUUUACGGAACGGAAAAUCUCCGCCUUGUUGGAUAAAUGCGAAAUUGCAAUGCAAAUUGUAUUCAACAUUGCGAAAAUUUCUUCUGAUUCCUUAAUGGGUGUUGGUUGCAAACCACUUACACGUGCAGGAAAACUAUUUUAUUGAAACUAUGGUUUUGAAAGGAAAGGACACUUUCAUAAACGUGCCUUUGGUCAAACUUCUUUUGUAAGAUUGAGUGGCUGUCGAGAAAUUCUCCAUAAAAGUUAAUAAACUUAUAUUUUGUAUAUUUUGUAGAUAAUUGGUUAUCAAAAUGGACGUCUCUCAUGAUGGACUGAAAGACGAAUACAAAAAGUUAAUUUUAAAAUCUGUAUCAGAACCAGAGAGAUUUAGAACAAGGUGCUUACGUUUUCUGGACGGACAUCAUACAACAGAUUGUUUUAAACUUUUGCCCUUUAAUGAUAUACGAAAGGAUUUCCUAAAGAAACCAAAACAAGAUGAUGCAGAAUUUGAACACCUUGUUAAGGUUUUCCAGCAAUUUGAAAAAUAUGCUACAAGUAUUUUGGCUAAGCCUUGGUGUAAGGACCUGCAUUCAAUCAAGGUAUAGUUUUGGUAGAUUUGUAUACAUAGUAAAUCGAGAUGUGUUUUGAGAGUCUGGGCAAGCUUCAAAGGGUAUACUAUAAUGAGCUACAAUUGUAAAGUGUGCCUAACCCCAAACUUUUUUUGGCGAUAUCAAAUCUUAGCAUGAUUUCUAGUAUAUCUGUGAAUUUUUUUAAAUUUAGGCAAGUCGUUCGAUUUUUACGGCGGUUUGAAUUUAGCUCUCGAUGGCCCGGCGUAUUUUGUAUCCGCAAAGAACCUGAGUCUAGCCCGUAUUGUGACGUCAAGGAAGGUAGUCCGCAUUUAUCUCAUGAUCAGAUUGUAUAAUUCCGCAAUUUAUUCUUUCCCUGUCAUGCGGCCAUUGCCACGCCAACCCUCCCCUUAAAUACUAUAUAGCAAUUAGUAUACACAUACAGUCGAACCUGUAUUAAGUGGCCCUCCAUUGAGCGGCCACCCUCUAUUAAACGGCCACAUAUCGAAGUCCCGAAAUUUUUGUAAUACAAAUACUAUAAACUAUCCCUCUAUUAAACGGCCACCUCUAUUAAGCGGCCGUGACCACCUAAAGAGCGGUCCCAAAUGAUGUUUUAUGUCAAUUUUUACCUCUAUUAAGCGGCCAGCCUGCAGGAUUUACUUGAACACCUUGUCAAGAGAGCCGAAAAUAAAAGUCGAGUUAAUUUGCUUUAUUUGUAAAAUAAUGCUUAAAAAUUAUGUUUUAACACAUGCCACUUUACACCUCAAAAGCAUUGUCUGUAGUAAAAGUGGCAGUGUUUGGCGGCCUGAUAUUUCUAAAGUCUACUUAUUAUUGUAUUCUGUGAUUUAUAAUUAAAAAUAGACAUUUGACAACUCCCAGGGUCUAUUAUUUGCGUACCUCUAUUUAGCGGCCACCUCUAUUAAGCGGCCACAAAGCCGAUCCCCACAAAGCCGAUCCCAAUACAGCUUUAAGCCUUGUUGCAUGCACGUAGACUUCAGAAUAUUUCAUAUACGAGGCUUAACAGCUUAAAAUAUUUCAGCCGCAAUUUGUAUAUAUAUAUAUAUAUCUUAUUGAAUGGUUUGACAUAUAAUCCGGCCGAGUAUACGAGUUUCGAACGUAUUUUUUCGAGGACGAGGAAGAACGCAAAAAACGAGUAAAAUGCUCGGCAGGAUUAUAUGUCUAAAGCCGGUUUUCCACUUCAAGCGUACCGUACCGAAACGUAUCUAUCAAAAACGUUUUUAAAUUUCAAAAUUUCGUGAAUGUUGAUUGGUUAGGCGUAAAAAAAAAUACUUGUGGUUCCGGUUCCCGACCGACCCUAUUUUUUUCUGCCGACCCUAUUAUUUUUUCAACGCGAUUGACCGUGCGACCCUAUUUUCUCCAGGUGGUUGCGGGCUGCUCAUACAGCGUGCCAAAAUGGCGUCUGUUGUCGCACUAAUUAUUUAACCAAAUUGCCUAAAUUCGACCAUAGGAAAUACGCAUCUCUAGUUAAUAUUGAUGUCGGGACAAUACUGCAAAUCGCCCAGCAAAAAACCACCAAAACCAUGAAAAAAAUAUUAAAAAAAAAAUAUUUAUUUUCCGACCUACCGACCCUAAUUUUUUCACGAUAUGAAACCGGAACCACAGGUAUUUUUUUUUACGCCUUAGUAUAUCCGUAGUACGCCAAAAAGUUGACUUGCGACGAACUUUUUAUUUUGAUACGCGAAUACGCCCGGAAGUACGUGGAUUUAUAAACCUCUUUUCAAUCUGCGCAUGCUCACCAGUACGUUUCGCUACGAUACGGGCGAAGUGGAAAACCGGCUUGACCAUUCAAUAGGAUUUUUAUUAUAUGACAAACCUGAGAAAAUAGAAGGAUUUUGGAAGGAUUUGCAUGUAUUUGGCAUUGUAAACGGCAAAUAUUUCAAACGAAACGAGAACAACAACAAAACAAGUUACAACUUGCAUACUGAAUUAGGAACAACCGUUUACAGUAGCACGAGUCCGAAGAACGAGUGCUAUUUGAGGUCUUUGAAAAACUUGCGAGUGCUUGUUUUACCCAAGUUUCACGAGAAACCAUCCGCUAUUACGUAUUAACUUACGUUUAUACCGAACCGUCCAUUGACAAAGUUUUCCUGCUCUGUUAUAUCACAUUAGAGACCUCACGAUUUUACUUUUAGGACGGCAACGCGACGACAACGGCCAAAACAAACUCCUUCAAAUAAGUGGUAGUGAAGAUAAUUCGUCGUACAUUAUCAAUCGUAUGAAUUUAAUACAGUCUUAUAGAAGUUGAAGACACGGGUUUUAUGAUUGGGAAAAGUUCUCCUGAUCCCAGUUUGAAGUUGCACUUGUUGCGGCUUGAAAUGUGGCCGCUGUAUCAAGACGUGAAAAUUUGUGAUUUGGCGUUGUAAACAGAGCGAGGACAAUGUCUAAAUUAUUCAUAUAUUGUAAUUUCUCAAUUCUUUUCAAUACUCUAUUGUAUUGGUAGCCGUUGCCGUCGCGUUGCCCUCCUAAAAUCGUAAGGUCUCUAUUAUAUACAUCACUAACGGCUUGAAAAUUCUACUCAACUAUGAAGGUUUUGUUAGUUUUUUUUAAGGUAAAGUCUUUUCUAUUUGAAAAAAAAAAGAUAAAAGCCGUAUUUUCCACUCGAAGUCAACUUUUACCAUUUGUAGUGCGGAGCCAUGUUUGUUUUGAAGCAAUCUGUGACCGUUACUUGAGGACUGCUUUAAACUGAUUGGUUGAUUUUUUCAUCACAUUGUUUUUCCACCAAUCAGAUCAGUUUGUUACAGAUUGUUGCACUGUGGUUACAGAAAAUUGCACCGUGAUUACAGAAAAUUGCAAUGUUAUUACAAAAAAUUGCACUGUGAUUACAAAUUUUGCACUGCUAUUUAGUAUAAACUGCACUGAAAUCAACCAAUCACAGUCCGGUAAUAUUUUUAUGUAUAUUAUUAGAUACCUAACAUGAGACUGUUUAUAAUAGACCUUUCCAAGGUUUCUACCGCCAUAUUGCAGGGGGUGCAAAAACAUUGGGGCGAGCGCGCGGCCACCAAUGGCGCCCAUACUAUUUCCUAUCGAGUGAGUGAAAAUUACCUUUUGACAUUUUGUCCUUUUUCUCAAAAAAUUUCUAUACAAGCAUAUCCAAUUUUUAUUUUUAGAUAAUCGCUGGGUUUUUUCUGAUAUGUGGCCGAGAUUUCUUGCUAAUCGAAGGACAGGAAGUAAUAAAAACGGCGGCUUUUGUUGCACACCUUGACCGACGUUUGAGCAAUGAUUCUUGUUAUUUCGUUUGUUUAACCGAUCUUUGGAAGAAUAUUUGUCCAUUAAGUGUGUAAGUCCUUUGGUGUCCGCCAUUAUUACUGUUUAUAUUUGUAUAUUUGUACAAAAAUCAUCGCUCAAACGUCGGUCAAGUUGUACAACAAAAGCCGCCGUUUUUUAUUACUUCCUGUCCUUCGAUUAGCAAGAAAUCUCGGCCACAUAUCAGAAAAACCCCAGCGAUUAUCUAAAAAUAAAAAUUGGAUAUGCUUGUAUAGAAAUUUUUUGAGAAAAAGGACAAAAUGUCAAAAGGUAAUUUUCACUCACUCAAUAGGAAAUAGUAUGGGCGCCAUUGGUGGCCGCGCGCUCGCCCCAAUGUUUUUGCACCCCCUGCAAUAUGGCGGUAGAAACCUUGGAAAGGCCUAUAGCAUACACAUCCAAAACACUGGAUUUUCUUUGCGCUUUGACGUACCCAGUUCUGUGAUUUUUCAAUCGGACAUUAACUAAGUGUAUGCGUUUUAAACGCAAGAAAAGACUGUUUUCAAGUUGUACUAAUCGACUUUCAAAGUUCACAUGCUACCGAAGAUGUUUAUCUCAUGUCUACGACAAACAGCGGACGAUAGUCACCAAAUUUUAACUCACAUACGAGCAUGAGUUGAAGAAGCAAAUUGGAAACUACUUGCAUGGCGCCCGUCAUAGAAGACAGCUGUCGUAAGGCCUAUAAUAAAAUUUGGCUAUAAAUGUAGGCGCAUUUUGCGCGCUACAACAGGUUGACUUAUAAAUUCAUGUCUCGCUAUUUAUACUGAGCCCUAUCCUAUAUCACCACCAUAAUUCAAGCUUAUUUUGAAAGUCAAAUAGUUUCUCCAUGGAUAAAAGUAGUUUUUAUGGAGUCAAAAAUAGGGCAAGUACGAAUUUAAAGAAGGUCAAGUUGCACUUGUAUAUCUCACUUCGAAAAAGAUAUACAUAUAAAACAGGUAUAUUUGUACGGCGAAAUUAAACUGCUGCAACAAAGUUUUUAUUUCUACUUUCACGUUCUUAUUCCAAAGCAAACACUUCUAAGUUGGAAAUGCCUAAAAUUGUGUGCGUAGAAACACUAAAGAAACAAGAAAACGACUUCAUAACACGAGUAGUUUUGGCAAAUUUGGUGUUUGUUUUUAGAAUUCAGUCACGCGAUUAACCCGCGCGGUCACGUGCACUCCACGCUUACGUUUCUCGCGCAUGCGUAGACGAAAGUCCACCCUGUUCACUUGUGGAUAUAGAUUCAUGUCUCGCUGAUCAUGAGUUAGGAUCAGCGGUUAGGGUUAGAGCCAGGGUAAGGCUAUAAUUUCUUUGCAAACAGUGAUUCAGUACUCGAUAGUGUACUUGUUGUAUAUGAAUGAAAGUCUAAAAUGAGUUCAACAUCCAUCAGCAAAAAGGAGUCGCGCUUAUUACUACUGUUUAGAAGAUAAACAAUUAAUUUAAUUCACUAGGAACCCGUUCUACAGUAUAAGCUAGAAAUCGGCCAACAAAUUGUCACGAAAUACUGCAAUGAAAAUAGGGUCUCUGAACUACCGAUUUCACCGAACGGUCAAGUUUCUCUGCAAAGAUCGCCCCUUUGCCCAAUUUUUAUCGAGUAGAUCAUCGUGUUAUCAAGUCAAGGAUUAUGUAUACUUUAACAUAAAAGAAUAAAAAAAAUGGUGAUACAGGGUAGAUUUUGAAUAAAAUACGAAUAUCUGUAUACAAGAUCUGAGCGUUGUUAUGAAGCAUUCGAUACUUUCUCCAAGAACAUAUUGCGCUUAAUUUUGUACAAAAUUAAAAAUAUUCACACCAUUCAUACAAAAUUAAAAAUAUUCACAAUAUUCACUAUUUAACAAUUAGACAACGAGGCCGAGUUGUCUAUGAGCGAAUAGUCAACGAGGCGAAGCCGAGUUGACUAUUUGCUCAUAGACAACGAGGCCGAGUUGUCUAAUUGUUUUAGUAUAAACUUUGACAUUAAUUUACAACUAGGCUGCAAACACAAUACAAAAAUACACAAAAAAACAUUAUAAAACCAUUAAAGGUAAACAAAUAUUUUAGUUUUUGUUCGCGUAAAAUGUUUUACAAAAUUCAGUUUUAAUGUUAAAAUUUCAUUGAGUGUAUGUUAUUUUGUCUAUUUUCUUACCCUUAAAAAUUGCCAUUCCAUAUUUUUGUUGCCUUUUUCGGGGGGUUUUAGUACAGAAUUGUUCAACAAGUCGUCCAAAAAAUCAUCAGACACAUCGUCAAAAGUGCAAAACGCGAAUUUUCCGCCAUUUUGAAUUUUCUAUUAGUAGGCUAUCACUAAUAGCCUAUUAGUAGCGUAGCCAAUCAGAAGGCACGAUAUGUGAUAGCCUACUAGUAGUUUUAUACUAAUUAGAGAUAGUCUCGUUUUGAGGCUCUCGACUAGAUUUUUUACAAUCUUAAGUUGAAAAUUUAGCUUUUUCCUAUUUUAAGCAAAAUCACGAUUUUUGCACUAAGUGUUUUCAAGGAUUUAAACAUAAAUAUACUUUCUAAAGAUAUUUCUGAGUAGAAAAAUGCGUUAAAAACAAAUUUUAAACCCACCCUGAGUUUAUUUUUUUAAUUUCAUCUGUCCAGGGAGUGAAAACAACUUGCAUCAUCGAAAAAAGUUUUGUCGUAGAAAUAAAUAGUUUAUAAUUGUCCAAUUUCAAUUUAAAGUCUUUUAUCCAGGACAUUUUUCAACAGCCUUUGAAUAAACGAACUUAAAUUCUUGCACAUCCACUGUUUUCGUCCCAAACGAGAAGCCCAAAAACUUGUUUUUGCUCAUUUUAAUAAUUUAAAACAAAAUUUUCGCUAGCGCCCGCAAUUUGCUGGCCAGCGACAGCAAAUUUCCCACCUGUUCCUUGUUCCACAAGUGGGCAUUCUGCUGUCGCUGUCGCAUCUCUGCUAGCGCGGGCGCAUCUCUUGAACUAAACAUUUUAUUCUUCGAACGCUGAAAGCAUGAAUUUUGAGAGGAAUGUUUCCCUUUUUUACUGGUCUGUUCAUGGAAAAUAAAGUGUGAAAAGUGUUUCUUGAAAGAUUAAGUUGUAGUGCUGGGACAUCUAUUGUAAACCUUCCUCAACAGGAAUUGUAAUUGUCUUAAAAUACAUAUUUUAGAGAAAAUGACACCCAUUCCUCUUUCAAUUUUGUACAAACUGGCCGUUGCCUUUAGAUAGAAAAUGUAUUUUGUUGAAGUUAAAUCAUACUUUGUUUUAUUAGUAUAGGUAAUAGCAUGGUUUCGAGUGCAAUUUGGAUAUAACAUGCACGAGUGAGUUUUUCAAAGACCUCAAAAUAGCACGAGUCCGAAGGACGAGUGCUAUUUGAGGUCUUUGAAAAACUCACGAGUGCAUGUUUAUCCAAAUUUCACGAGAAACCAUGCUAUUACUUAUUAAUAAUUUACAUAAAAAUGUUCGAGACAAUUGUAGUUUUAACUUACGUUUAAUAUAGUGAACAUUCCACUAGCAAAGUUUUCCUGGCUUUGUUAUAUCACAUUAUACAACGCUAACAGCUUGAAAAUUCCAAUCAACUAUAUAUGUAAGUUUUGUUAGUCUUGUUUAAGGUAAAGGCUUUUCCAUUUUAAAAAAAAAGAUAGCCAUAUUUUUCAACCGAAGUCAACUUUCACUUUAUGUAGCGCGGCGCCAUGUUUGUUUUGUUUAGAAGCAAUCUGUGACGGUUACUUCCUUAAACUAAUCUGCUUUAAACCGCUGAUUGGUUGAUUUAAUCAUCACAAUGUUUUUCCACCAAUCAGAUCAGUUUGUUACAGAUUUUUGCACUGUGAUUACAGAAAAUUGCACUGUGAUUACAGAAAAUUGCACUGCUGUUUGGGAUUAACUGCACUGAAAUUAACCAAUCAGAGUCGAGUAAUAUCUUUAUGUAUAUUAUUAAAGCCUGAACCAUUGACAAAUGCACUUGUGUAGUGAAAAUGUCAUGUUGCCACAUGCUUAUGAUACUGCCCCUUUGUAAAGUAAAAAUAGCUGAAUGCAUAAGUGCUCCUGAACAUGUCCAAGUAUUAGUUGUUAUAUGAGUUAGAAAAUGCCGUAUUGAUUUGUUCAAUUUUAAGACUCUAACGGCAGUCUUAAAUAUAGGCAUUGCUUGCUUUGUGAGAUUCUGUUGUGAUAUGGCAUACAUAUUAAAAUAUCUUUGGCCAUUUGCCUUUCUUUGAAACAUGGCUUAAAAUUAUCCUUAUUGGUCAACCUUCAUGGAAAAGUUAGUGGGGGGAAAUUAAUAUUAUUUAUCAUGUGAAGUUCACCUACUGUGUUUAUAAACUUCAGCGUAAUGGAUUAAGUACAUUUCAAUUUUAUGGUAUAGUCAUACUAUGUUUUUCAUACAUGUAGCUAACACUUUAUUUAUUUCCCACUUUUAUAAAAUGAUUAGAGAAACAGCAUUGAAAAGUCUACAAAUAUGUUGCAAAAUUUUUGUUCUUGGAUUAAAUGGAUUUUCCAAAACAAAUAAGCUUGCCCGUUUUCAAAGCAUAAAAAGCAAAUCAAUGAAGCAAAAUCACUUCUUUGACAUUUACAACCUUUGUAAUGCAUGUCUUAAUGUUUUCCAUUAAAUAAUACUAAAGGAAUACCGAAUGGUUUUCCGUACAGGAUCGCGUGAUCCAUGCAUGAGGGAUGUCGCGAGACUUUCGGAAAGCGUAAAAUUACUCGAGCCGCAGGCGAGUGUAUUUUUACGCUUUCCGAAAGUCGAGCAACAUCCCAAGUGCAUGGUUCACGCUGUGCAUAGUAGUUCGUGUUAUGUCAGUGCUAUACUCAUAUGGUAUUGUGUAAAUCAACGAAUUAAAUACAUUUAGACUUACUUGCACCUGCAUAGUCAAAUUUGGGCAACUAGGCCUCUAUUUUAAUAAACCCAGUGCCUAAAUUUAAUAAAACGUCUUAUUUUAUUGAACAAGUCGAAGUAAAAAACAAAGAGUUGUCAAAUGUUCGACUUGUCGCAAAAAUCCAAGCAUUGUGAACAUCCUGACUCACAAGUAACAAAUUACUUCCUUGUUUGCUAACUGAUAGAGUUGAACAUACAUAUGAUACACCUUUUACAAGGUUCGAAGACGGCCGACAGUAAAAUUUGACGAAGACCUCGCAUUACGUCACGAAAUUUACUCGUUCCAGACUCCUCUUAGCCACUGAUGAGGUCCAUCAAAAAGUUCCAUUUUACUAAUUUUAAACUGUCAUAAAAUUCGGAGGAAAAAUCAUGCCAAGAUAGAAAUCAUGCCAAGAUUUUAUAUGGAUAAAAAAUGGGGGGGGGGGGGAUUAGGUGCAUUUAAGUUGAGACGUCUUCGCCAUGCACAAAUCUUUCUAAAUUUUGAUUCUUAUUUCAACAAUUCGGAGGAAUGAACAACACCCAAAUUUCAUUGUCUUCCCCCUGCACAAAUUUGCUUAUAAACAACAAAGAAAAGAUAGAAGAAAAGCGUUGGCCGAGUUUCCAAAUCAUCUAGAUUGACUGUGGUUUACGAUGUGGUUUACCUGAACCAGAUUUAUUUAGUCAGGAAAGCCAUAACGAUCCCCGACCCAUCAAACCGAAAGACCGGGGCGAGAGUACUAAUUCCAUCCUAUUAAGUUAGUCAUUAUUUCUUGAAAGAUUAGCAAACAUGUUAAAUCGACAAUAUGAAUAAUCCCCAAGUAGCCCGGGGCGAGAUUCCAAUUCCGCUUAGCUAUUCACACCCACGAAAAAAUGACAGCGCAUUGGCGAAGUGGAAAUUGCACGAGCGUGGCUGCCCAGUGGGUGGACCUCCUACUGACCUUUAAAAUAUGCAUGUCAGGAGUGGAAUUAAUGGGAUUUGAAAAAAGCGUUAAUGUGAAGCCGAAAAAUCGGUGAAUGGAAUGAGCAGCCAAAUAGUUUAUUUGUUUUUCUUGAUAACAAAGUGACAUUUAAGAACUGAAUACCUAGUGUCUAAAACGACAACUUAGAGAGCCUUUUACGCAUGAGCGGCUGAACAAUCAUCAAUGAGGAUUUUAAGUUCGCUUGUCAAUGCUGUGAAUUUUCACUAGCUCUAGCAUGGAAUACCCUAACGAUUUUUUAUAUAUUUUAGGUAUAUACAGGAUUCUUCAAAUACAAUUUUGAACAAUGGUUAUCAUUAAAGAUUGUGUACGACGUUUUUGGACUUAUCGGAUAUAAGGAAAGAUCGUCCAACAUUUUAACAUUACAAGGACCUGUAAACGAGGACCGAGUAUUAGUGAUAGGGUUCGAACUAUACCUGGCUCAUACACAGUUGCAUGUUCUCAAAUGUAAUGAAGAUCUGACUUCCAAAUAUUCAAUGAAAAGUAUCGUGGAAGGUUGGCUCAGCACCACUGGCAAUGCAGUGAAUAUACGUGAAUGGCUUGGGAAAAAUAAGUCAACAAUAGAAUCUGGAUUUAUGAAGAGGACCCCGUCAAGUUGUUCAAGUACCGAUAUUCCAGAGGAGACACCGAGAUCAAAUUCGGUCACUGUUGAAGCGGAACCGUUGCAUUAUGAUAGAAAUGGCGUCAGAUACCCACCUGAUCGUAACUUGGACGAGAACAAGGAAUUCUUGGAUUUGCAGGCCAAGAGUCAAGGUUGCCAAAAUGAACAGCAUGAUUACAGUGCCAAUAGCGGUUUUCCCUCACUGCGCACUGUAAGCUAUCCCGAUAAUGAACUAUAUGGCGAUGACGAUGGCGACGGUGAUCAUGCUGUAUCACCACCACCAAUGUCAGAAAGCAAUUACGUAUAUUUCGAUAGAACCGCAUUGGCCUCCAUACCCCGUGCGUUUAAUAACAAACUCCAUGCGCACCUGCAACACGAAUGUGGAGACAACAUGGAAAUGACAACUGAUGCGAUGAGACGCGCGAGCUCUGAGAAACACGUAGUUGCUCGUGGUGGAAAUUCAGAACAUGGCAGCAGUCACUUUUACGAAAAUACUACAACGGUCGGAAAAGACAUUCUGGCUGGAAAAGAGCGAGCUGACCAGAUUUUAUCUACUCGUAUGGCACAAGCGGAGAAGAUUAAACAAAAUGUAUUAAAUAGAAAUUCAACACCGAGUAUUAUUCAAGGUGAUUAUAAAACACAUAAAGAAGUAGAAGGAGAAAGGGUAAGAUAUAAAGAAGACUUUGAACACAAGAUGACUGACGGCAAACUGCUUGGACUGGGUCCCUUUGAUGCAACUAACAAUUUUCAAGGAAUGGAUCCAGGUCUUUUCUGCAAUUUCUGUGGUAACCCAUCUGAUUACGAAUGUAGGAAGUGCGAGGAAUUUGUUUGCAAUGAGUGUUUUCAAAGGGUAUUCCAAAAAAGACCAUGCCGUGAGAAUGAACAUGAAUUAUAUUGUAUCAAAAGCACACCGGUUUGAAUAUCAAUUUGGGCAUUAGUGAAAUAGACAUUAGUGAAGUAAACGCAAAAUGUAUUAUUAGCGCGUUUAAAUCUUUAACAACCACAAUUAGGCACAAAUAUUUACAUGCACAAAUGCAUAGUAUGUGACAAUGGGGUGUUAUGGGUAAAGCUGCUUCGCAAGUCAAUUUUUGACUUAGUUUUUGUUCUUUUGCCUGUUCACAUUUAUAGACAAGUAAGGUAAAUUAAAUACCCGUAUUUUUAGAUUUUAAACUAGUUAAAUCUUAUUGUUUACGUCUUGAACCGAGAUUUAGCCAUAUUCAGGGGCGUAGCCACUCCUAAACCACUCGGGAAGGGGGGAGGGGGGUGUCUAACCGUCGAAUUAUAAUAGCUAUGAACAACUAUGGGAAACAUUUCUAUUUUUAAGGUCUGUCCGUCCGUGAAAGUUUAUUCGUGCAUUUUGGAAACGCUUGCGAAAGGUGGGAAUUCCGGACCCCAAUCCUCCCACAUGGCUACGCCCCAAGCCAUAUUUGGUAUUCCCAAAAUUUAAAUAGGUAAUGAUUAAUCCAAGAAGUCAUAACAAAAUAUUUGGAUAAUGUUUAGAUUAUAGGAUAAUGGUGAUUUGGUACUGCAAAUUUUUCGAACUGAUUCAGACUGCUGAACUAUUACGUAUACACCUAUGCUAUUUUUGCCACCUAUGCCCUUUUGAAUGUACCGAUUUAAAAGGUCUAAAGUACAAAAACCUUUUCUUCGAUUAAAUCGUAUGAAUACGAAUUGAUGGACAUCACCGUCAUAAUUGACAAUCGCACAAACUUUGAUGGUACUAAUAAUUAUAAUGAACUCAGUAAAUUUUAGUAGAAUUAUGAAUAAUAUAAUCAAAUCAUAAAUGAGAAAUAAUCGGUCUGUUAUACGCAUACGCUUUACAAUCAUCUUCAGGAUGGAAGAAAAUUUAAAUUUGUAGCAUGUUUUAAAACCAAACAUUACCUUGAUGGACGAUAUUGACUGUGGUUAUUUCAACCAUGCAUAUAAUGGCAAUCCGUCUGGUUUGAAUUGUGCAAGUGAAACGCCAAUUUAGUCGGCAUGUAGUAAAACACUGACUACCGGAACACCGGAACACCACCAUUUUGUUUGGGGUUAGGG